CCGCCAAAUAUACUCACUAUAGCCAAACAAACAAUGAGCGUCCCAACACUUCAGACUGCGCCCGUCCUGUCGACGCCCGAUACACAUAUCUUCGAAGAUCCCACACCUCCCAUAGAUCUUACGAGCAUUCCUCGCCUCUCUGAUGAGCAAGUUGCGCUCACAUAUGAAAUCGAACGUACAGUGAGGGAAAUCAAAGAUGGACGAUGGCAGAGGAUCGCGCUUCAGUUCCCAGACCAGAUGCUGGUUGAUGCCCCAAGGGUAUUCGAUCAGCUGUCGAGGGGUCUCAAAGACGCGUACAAACUGAAGAAAAGAACAUCCCCGAUAGAUGAUGCUAGUGAACAGAACGCAGAGGAUGUUGCUUCCCAAUUGAAUCGCACCACUCUGAGUGAGAACGGGGAUAGCCUGGAGGAGGAAGGGGAAAGGCUGUUCAUACUAGCGGACACCUCGUACGGAGCCUGCUGUGUUGACGAAGUGGCUGCGGAACACGUUGAUGCGGAUGUGGUGGUGCAUUAUGGGAGGUCCUGUCUUUCUCCGCCUUCCAGAUUACCAGUCGUAUAUGUAUUUACCGAGAGACCUCUGGAUAUGGAACCUCUUCUCUCGACAUUCCAAGAGACAUAUCCGGAUAAAGAUCAGAAGAUGAUUCUUGUGGCCGAUAUACCGUACGGGCAUCACAUACCGAAGCUCCAUCAACACUUGCGCGACUGCGGAUAUGCCAACAUCUAUCCAACGAGUAUUGUUCACAACCCGUCAUCCCUUUUACCAAACAGAACUGUGCCUGCGGAGGUGGGAGACUCCCAAGAUGCACUACGAGAGUAUCACCUCUUUCAUAUUUCCGAUCCACCACCCUCGCUGCUCCUCACGCUGUCCUCGCGCGUAGCUAGCAUACAGAUAUAUCCUACAGACACAGCCAAACCUACCGCAACACUUGCUUCAACAACGCUCGCCCUUCGUCGCCGAUACGCGCUCCUCACUUCUCUAUCCACCACGUCGGUGUAUGGAAUCUUGAUCAACACUCUAUCUGUAAAGAACUAUAUGCACAUCCUCUCGCACGUCCAAAAGCAGAUUGCGGCCGCGGGCAAAAAGUACUACACUUUCGUAGUUGGCAAGGUGAAUGCAGCCAAAGUGGCCAAUUUCAGCGAAGUGGGUGGCUGGGUGGUGAUUGGCUGCUGGGAGAGCAGUCUGAUUGAAAGUAAAGAUUUCUGGAGGCCCAUCAUCACGCCGUUUGAGCUGCAGAUAGCUUUGCAAGGAGACGAAGAGAGGGUAUGGACUGGCGAAUGGACGGGGGAUUUCCAGACAGUGCUCGAAGGGAAGAAUGCUUCAGGAUCUACGACAAACGGCACAGUUGAUGCUGAUGGGGGUGAAGAGGGUGCUGAAGCUGAUGCAGAUGCAGAUGGAAGUGGCGAUUAUGAUUCCGAAGAAGAAUCUGCACCUCCAGAAUUCGACCUCCGAACAGGUCGCUAUGUCUCGCAUUCUCGACCCAUGCGUCCCAAGACUUCAUCAAACGCCGUCACAGGAGGAAGCAAGGCGAAGGCGUCCAGUACGGCACUCACGAAACGAGCAAAUGGGGACGUUGCCCAGAUAGGCGGUGUAGCAAGCCCAGGAGCCGAGUUCUUACGCGAGAAGAGAACAUGGCAGGGCUUGGGUAGUGACUUCAAGGAAGAUGAGGAGGGUAGCAACGGCAAUGCAGCGAAGAUGGAGGAGGGCAGGACAGGAAUCGCAAGAGGGUAUAUCGUUGCUGGAGAAGGAAAUAAGCAUUGA